UUAAAAUCCACCCCUCUCAUCUAACCUCUGUCAUUUUUUUAAGAAAAAGAUCGCUAGUUAUCGGUGUCCGACCCAACCCCCUGUCGGCGGAGCCUGAGUUAGCUGUGAGGUGGACGACACGAGGACCUUCGUUCCACCACCACCACCACCUCGAGAAGAUGAUUGUAAGAUGCUCCGCCGCUUCGCCUCUCCGCUUCUCCUCCGCCGCCGCCGUACCGCGGUUCACACCGCAUCCCAUUUCAUCUCCCCCGUCUCAAGCGACACCGGUUCCGACUCGGACGAUGCACUGGACCUCCAGACCCCGUGCCACCUGCGCGCCGCCCCCUACGACUUCGUCAGAAUCCUCUCUGCGGCCGCCAAAUCUUCGUCUAUUGCGACUGGACAGCAGACGCAUACCGCCGUCAUCAAGCUGGGCCUGGCUUCCAACCUCUUCAUCACUACCGCUCUUCUCGAUGUGUACUGCAAGUGCAGGAGAAUUUCCGAGGCGCAACGGUUGUUCGAAGAAAUGCCCAAACGAAACGUAGUCACGUGGAAUGCUCUGAUCCACGGCCAUUCGCAGUCCGAAAUCCCAAUCCUCGCCAUACGAGCUUUUGUGCAGAUGGUUUCUCAAGGGAUUUUUCCGAGCCCGUCUACCGUGUCGAGUGUUUUAGUGGCUUGCUCCCGGUCAGGGGUUCUGGGUUAUGGAAUGAUGCUGCACUGCGUUGGUUUCAAGCAUGGGUUUUGCUCGAAUGUGGUGGUGGGGACGGCAUUGGUGGAUAUGUAUUCGAAGUGCUGCGAUAUGGGCGUGGCCAGGAGAGUGUUUGAUGAGAUGGACGAGAGGAAUGUGAUCACUUGGACCUCACUGGUGACUGGAUAUGUGCUGCAACGAAGACCUUAUGAUGCCAUGCUGUUGGUCAGAGAGAUGAGGCAUCUCGGUGUUCGAUUGAAUAAGGUGACUUAUAACAGCCUCCUUAGCUCGUUCUCGAGGCCUGAAGAUUUGGUUCAUGGAAAGCAAGUCCAUUGUCUUGUGCUACGAGAAGGUUUAGAGGCCGAUCCUUACAUUGCAGUCACCCUUGUAACCAUGUACUCAAAAUGUGGCAGUUUGGAGGAUUUUGUAAAGGCUUAUCCCACUGUCUCAAGACAGGAUCAGAUAUCUUGCAACUCAAUCAUUGCAGCAUUUUCUCAUCUGGGAGAUGGCAAGGAAGCAAUUGAAAAGUUCCUCAAAAUGAGAAGGGAAUGCAUCGAUACAGACUUCUUCACCUUCGCAAGCGUCUUGAGAGCUAUAGGAAUGCUUUCUGCUCUUGAAGAGGGUAAGCAAAUCCAUACUCUCGUUUGGAAGACAGGACAUGCUUCAAAUGUAUGUGUUCAGAAUGGUCUUGUAUCGAUGUAUGCAAAAUGUGGUGCAAUAAGUGAUUCCAAAAAGGUCUUUUCUUCUAUGGCUGAGCCCGAUCUGGUUUCCUGGAAUUCGCUUAUUGCAGGGUGUGCCCAACAUGGCUAUGGCAGGAAGGCUGUAGAAUUGUUCGAACAAAUGAGACAAAUUGGAGUUAGACGAGACCGUACUACCUUUCUGUCGGUGCUCACAGCUUGUAGCCAUGCUGGGCUUGUGGAGAAGGGUCUUGAAUUUUUCUAUUUGAUGAAAGACGGUGACUCACCAGUUGUUGCAGGAUUGGAGCAUUAUGCUUGCGUGGUUGAUCUUCUUGGUCGGGCAGGUUAUCUUCAUGAAGCAGAAACUUUUGUCAAUAAUAUGCCUAUAAAGCCAAGCCUUUCGGUCUACAGGGCUCUUCUCAGUGCAUGCCGAAUUCAUGGGAAUGUGGAGAUAGCCAAACGUGCUGCAGAGAGCCUCUUUGAGCUAUGCCCAAAUGAUCAUUCUACUCAUGUUUUGCUCUCAAAUGUCUUUGCAGCUGAUGGUUGUUGGGACAAGGCAACAGGUGUGCGGAAAACCAUGUUGGGAAAAGGAUUGAAGAAGAAGCCUGCCUGGACUUGGAUUGAGGAUCGAAUUCCUCUUGGUGCAUUGGAAGGAUUGGCAUGAUACUGCUGCUUUUGUACAUGACUCGUGGAAGAAUAUAUUGAUCUAAAAUGUGCUGACUGACUAUUUUGCAUAGGAAAGAUAGAUGGAUCUGACUGAAGGCUGAUCAAAUGAGAUAAGCAUUAAUUUUGUGAAUUUUUUUCAA